UCUAAAAUAUUCCUGCAGCAAAAACUUUGCCCAGGCCAAACUACCUAAAGAUUACACUGGACGUUAUUCACUCCAGUCUCCGUCGUUGAUUCGCUAAUCGCUAUAAUACGUGUUCUGAUCGAUCCUCUCUCUCCGAGUCUCUGUAUCUUCUCACUGUAAACCGCGUUUUAAGGUGGAAAAAAAAUGAAAGUCAAGCUAUUACGUAUCCUUCUUGUGAUAUUUGUUCACUUUUUUAGUAAAUCGCUACAUGCAUAUAUAUUAGCUGAAUGUUGUUCUUCUUGUUAGCUCAUCCUGCUGAUUGUUUUCUUUUUUUCUUUUUUAUUUUUUUAUUUUUUAUUUUAUUUUAUUUUAUUUUAUUUUUUAUUAUCUAAUUAGAUCACUUUGUGGUGGGAGGACAAUAACCUCUAGUGGUUUAACUUGUUGGAUGAGGAGAAAUUAUACUCCUAUGUAUUAAAGCGCGUUAGCCUAGUUGGAUGGAGCAUUUGCCACAUUAUUUUAAAUUAUUGCUGAAUUACUUAGUUCCUGCUUACGGAAUCUAAAGCUGCUACUAACACUCGCAACCAAAAAAAUAAAAUAAAUAACAAUAAUAAUAAUAAAAUAAACCUUUACCCUCAUAUUAUUAUUGGGAUUUUGUUUGCAGAUAUCCUGAACAUUUGUUUAUUCUCCCUUAAAAAUAAUUAGUGAAUUUCAUGCUAUUUUUUUGGCUAUUUUAUCUAAAAUGUGAGUAUCUGUGUUCCCAAAUUCUUGUAUUUAGUUUUGGUCACUUUCAUUGGGCUUGGUUUGUUGUCAGAUAUAAAUGGUUUUGGUUCCCUAUCCAUGGUGUACAUAAUUAGUUGAAAGAUCCAAAAGGCCGAGGACUGGUUUUUUAUGUUUCCAUUUUGAUCAUUUUCACUUUUAACUUAAAUAUGAACAUGGUGAAUGGUUGUUGUUGUUUCCCUUUCAUUUUGUAAUGAACUCAUGGAUUCGAGUUUCUGAAAAUGAUUUUUGGAAGUUUUACUUCUUUUCUUGUAUGACAAUUUCAUUUUUGGUUUUGAUUCUUUUGAAGCAGGAAAAAGUUCUCAAAAAAUGAAGCCUUCAUGAAUACUUUUUUCUUGAUUUUUUAGGCAAACAAAGAGAAUGUAGCUUUAAGAUGUGGUGAAAUUACUUUCUCAAAUGUCAAAUUGUCAAUCAAACAUUCACUUAGCUUUGUGUUUCUCUAUUAUAUUUUUCUUUACCAUCGUGUUCCUUUAUUAUAUUCAGCUUUCAUUUUCACAUCUUCUUGUAGCCCCAUUCCUCCUCUAGGAGGCCAGCUUUUCCCCUCAAUCUUAUAUUCGUGAUUGUCACGUGGCACCCACCUCCCUGCUUAGUUCCUUCAUUUCAAUGUCUCCAAUCUCCACGUUGCAACUUAUACAUCCUCUCAUCAGCAUUGCCCUUGUGGUUUUCCUUGAAUGUUUCUAAACCAUAUCAUAACAUGCUCCAUCAUAACUUCUUCUCUUGUGGCUCGGUUCCACAUGAUUUGUUUACUGUAUACUCUUUGUUGGUGUUCCUGUUGAUCCAAUUUAACUUCCUCAUCUCUGCUAUGAUUGCCUUGUGAGCAUGGUAUACAUUCAUAGAGGAUUAGCUAUACUAUAAUGCAUGGCCUAUCUAUCAACAUAUUGUAUCAUUCAAGUUGAUUUGUGUGCUUUCUGGGUGGUAAACUAGCUAUGUAACUUGAAAAUACCACACUAGAAUAGUUUUUAAAGAUUCAAGGAGCACUAAUGCUAAGGUCUCUUGGAGCUAAGAGCAAGACGCAACGUUAGGCACGAGCCUGAUUGAAUUAAGGCAUUUAUGUGAUAUAAAUAUUAAAUAUAACGCAUAGGAAAUAUACAACAAAAAACUAGUCAAGAUCAAAAUCAAAAUCAAGAUUUUUUUUGUAUAUCAAUUCAGUAGAUUAGCAAAAUCAUUAUACGUAUAUCGUUUCAGUUUUCAUAGGAAUUCAGUUAAAUCAUUGUACAUACUGAACUUAACCUAGAGGUAACUAUCAUGGCAGUCACUAACUUUUAGUAACCAGCUUGACCAAAAAUUUUAAAACAAAAUUACAGACUUUAGUUUUGAUCACGAUAUUUGUCAACAUAAGUCCUAUUGAUCUAACGCAGAGUAAUAACGAGUUCAAAUUAUUAUACAAUUCAUUGUGCAUCAAUUAAUGUUUUCGGCAUAUUCUUUCAAUUGUUUUAGUAUUUAGUUUUAUAGUUCAAUUUUGUACUUGUACGGUCAGUGUUAUUAUUUGUUAUGAUUAAAUUGUCUAUUAUUUAGAGAAUCUCUUUUGUGCAAUGAUGGGGCUGGUUUAAUUGUUAAUAAGAGGACUAACAGAUUGUUUUCCAUUCAAAGAUUGGAACUUCUUGAAAUCAUUUAUUGCAAACGUGACAUUUUUUUGAGCUUUCUUGGAAUUAGUUUUCCUUUGACUGACUCCUGAAUGAAACAAUGCCGGGGUGGCAUGCUGUUGCUUCAUGGACUUGGGACGCCCAGGAUGAAACAUGUGGUAUUUGUAGGAUGGCAUUUGAUGGUUGUUGCCCUGAUUGUAAACUCCCUGGGGAUGAUUGCCCACUUAUCUGGGGCGCAUGCAAUCACGCGUUUCAUCUUCAUUGCAUCUUGAAAUGGGUGAAUUCACAGACAACUCAAGCACAUUGCCCGAUGUGCCGUAGGGAAUGGCAGUUCAAAGAAUGAAUCAAAUUGUACGAGUUUCUUGUAUCCCAGCCUCCCCCCUUCCCAUCUCUUUAUUUUAGAAUACAUUGAUUAGAUGUAAAACUAGGUUUUGCUGUCAUUUUCAAAGUUCAAUUUCUAAUGGUUUGUUUCAAGUCUUUUUAUGCAAACAUUUGUUAAUUA